AUGCUCCCGCUGCUCCUGCUCCUCCUCGUCGCGGGCUCGGCCACCGGGCAGCCUCGGGAGCGCCAGUUCGAGUCCGGGUCGGGGCUGCAGGCAGAUGAAUUGAACCUGCUAGACAAAUUAGCAUCCUACGGCCAGGAGUUUGGCAAUUUUUCUCUCAGCUACGAUGAAGCUAAUUGCAGUGUUUUGGAAGUUGGGCAGUAUGCCACUCUCACUGUCCCCUCUGUGGACAUCUUUGGGGAAAGCUUCACAGAUGAGCUUAGCCUGUUACUGACCCUCCGGUACUCUCUGAAGGAGGAGACCAGUCUCUUGACGAUCAUUGGCCACCGCAGUGACAUCCUCUUUCAGAUCAGGGUUAGCCCUUAUGCUUUGGUUUUUGUGGCCAGCAGGAGACGCCAUUAUGAGUUCCCCAUUUCCUCCCUGGCAGAUGGAAAGUGGCACCAGGUCGGCCUCAGCAUCUCUUUGGAGAGACUGGCUCUGUAUGUGGACUGUCAGCUGGUGGAGAGCGUUGGAUGGUCCAGUUACUUUGGGAUGGGAGUGACCCUGGAGGGGCUCCUGGUGGUUGGGGGGCUCAUUGAACCCUUUGAGAUUCCCUUUGAGGGUGCCCUGCGACAGCUGACCUUCUUGAUUGGAGACUCUGGAGCAGCCAGAGAACACUGCCAGUCCCAUAACAGCACCUGUAGCAGCCCUUUGGGCAAAGAAGCGGACCACAACAUGCCUCUCUCCUGGGCAGUGUUUUCUCAAGCUGGGACUCAGGUGCCGAAUGAAACCAACGAGAUUCACGAAUCCAACCUGAAGAGAGCCAACAUGGUGUAG